GAAUUCCGCGCCAUGAUGAACGGCUAUCAGAUGAGUAACCGCACAAGCAGUGUCCAGUUUGUGUCCACCCUGACAGACACCCCCGACGCUGUGGACUGGAGAGACAAGGGAUACGUCACCAAGGUCAAGAACCAGGAAAGAUGCGGAUCAUGCUGGGCUUUCUCUACCACUGGUUCCCUGGAAGGCCAGACCUUCAAGAAGACGGGCAAACUUCCCUCUCUCUCGGAACAGAACCUGGUGGACUGCUCCAAGAAAGAAGCUGGGGUACCAUGUGGGGCGACCAAGGCUACUUUAAACUGGCCAAGGAUGACCACAACAUGUGUGGUCUGGCUACCCAGGCCAGCUACCCCGUCGUCUAGGCAACAGGAUGUUGUUGUUGUUGUCGUUGUUGUUGUCGUCUGACAAGGGAUGAUGAUGAUGAUGAUGUUGUCGUAUAACAAAGGAUGUUGUUGUUGUUGCUGUUGUCGUCUCAGCAAGGGAUGAUGAUGAUGAUAAUGAUGAUGAUGAUGAUGAUGUUGUUGUUGUUGUCGUCUGAUAAGGGAUGAUGUUAUAGUUGAUGUCGUUGUUGUUAUGACAACGCUGAAACAAGAAAUUCGAUCCCUGCUACACGGCUAGACAGCAACAAGACCUUCCUUUCGGUUUUUUUUUUUUUUGCUUGGGUGUUGUUGUUGUCUUUUUUGGGGGGUUGGGUUUUUUUAUGGAGUGGGGGUAGGGGUGGGGAGUAACAAUAGUUGUUUAUUGGUUGGUUUUGAAUUUUACAAAAAAAUAAAUAAAACUUGUUACAAAUGAA